UCUGGAGUAAACACAGUAAAUACUUGUGACAGAAGUAAGCACAUUGCGUACGAUAUGCCCGGGGUUUCAACGUUUUGGUUUGCCGCCCUGCGACCGAAAAGUAAAGCAAUGUAUACAGGAUUUCUAUUGGCUUUUAUUACUGGGGUUUUAGAGGCCGAUAUAAUUACAAACCCAUCUAGCACGUGGUAUGACGGGUAUAUAAAAUGUCGACAACAUGGUCUGUCCAUGGUCCACUUGGAUGUACUUGACCAUGACAUGAACAUAACAUAUCCUAUUUGGUUGAACGGCUUCGAAGUGCAGGUCAACUACCUAGACGAAUUAUUCAUAAUCGAUAAAUUUCAUGAAAAAAGAAACGCCUUGGUUCGUUGCAUGAACAGCACAUCGCCCGUUGGUAGAAUCCAUCCAAUGCAGUUUGAGGAAGGACACAAAUAUUGUCAGAAACAAAGCAAUGGAUCACAUAUACAUUUGCCAUUUGUGAAUCACACUAACCUUGACAUGUUCAGAAGAUGGCUUAAUGGUGUUCCGUAUUGGAUACAGGCUGUAAAUGUCGGACCAUUUCUCAACUCCGAAGACCUGACAGUGCAUUGUUUAGUGCUCAUUGACGAUUACCAUUGGCGAAAAGACAACUGUACCAACAAAUAUGCAUCCAUCUGUGUAAAUGCAACUGUUCGCGACAUUAUAUGGUACAGCCGACAAAAGUCGAUGGUGCAAAACUGCGAUCCGACGUCAUGUAGAACACCCGUGUCAUCAUCAGCGGUUACUUCAGAGUUUAAAGACCAACUUUACCAUAUGACUCAUCGGGCGUGGCCAGCCGAAGAAGAGGCGAAGACAUCGUCAAUUAUUAUUUGGGUAUCAACAACCUUUGGCUCAUGUCUGGUUGUACUGAUUGUCAUCAUCUCUGGUUUGUGCCUCAAGAGGAAACAAGGGAACAACGCUCGAACUACCUUUCAACAGAACGAGCUUGUACAGCCCUCGAUAGUUCCGCAGGAAGUUAAUGACGACAACAGCGUCCAUGUUGAUGUAAUUUCCGACAAUAUAGCGGGACGUGAGGCAACACCGUACACCUCGCUCCAGAUGACAGAAAAGCAUCUGUACACUGCCUUGGUGGGACCCAGCUUCAUGUCAACAGAAGCGUCUUCUGUAAUUGGUCGAAUAGCUGAGAGUGACGUUGUGGGACCCAGCUUCAUGUCAACAGAAGCGUCUUAUGUAAUUGGUCGAGUAGCCGAUAGGGACGUUAACGUUGAGACACAGUUUGAAAUGUCCGAACGACAAGAGAACAAUUACGACGAAUCUGAAAAUGACGAUCUUGGGGACACAAACUACGAUGAUGUCGAAGUGUCAGACAUACCUGGGCAGACAAACACCGAAUCCGAGACCACAACGUCGUAUGUGUUUGUGAAAUAAGGUUGGAACGAACUACGCUAAGAAAGGUCAAACUUACCCGGAUUUAAUCCAGCGCAGCUCAUUCCCGAUUACGGUGACUCAUCCUCUUAAGAUUCGACCCCCUCAAUCCCUAAACACAAAUUGCAUCUGAAAUCGAUCACAUAGCGGAAAUACGACACACACACGCAUUGGCAAAAUAAUAACGCAGGUUUGAAUAGUCGUGAGAUUUAUGCUACACACUACCUACUCCUACGUUAAAUAUUAACUUUGAAACAAAAAUGGAAAAGACUGAAGUGUACUAAGAAUUUAAUUUCGAAUAAAACGUCAACAGAUUAAAAAAAAUGUUUUUACAACUUUCGCGAAAUAACUAUGUAAAUAUGUGAACAAUUUAACUUAAAAACACAAAUUCCAUGUAAUAAUGUACUUAAAUUAUGAUAUUACAAACGGGUUGAGCUAUUAAAAUCAUACAAAUUGUAAUUUUCUAAUUGGUGUAGUUGUGUUUUUUUGUUGUUUUUUCCUUUGUUUUUUACUCAUUAAAUUAUCCUAAAUAGUUAAUUGUUGCAUAUACAAACCUUUAGUAUGUGGUUUUGUAAAUAUUUAAAAGAUCUCUAUGGGUUUAUUUUCUAAUACAGAUUUCUUUAUAUUGUAGUGUCACUGCCAUGUUUCACCCUAAACAUCAUAAUAAUGUAAAUAAUAAAUAAACAUUUUGAAACAGGCAUUAUACGAAAAUGGUAUAUUAUUCAUUUCCUUGACCAUGUUAAGCCUUAUAAUUUUUUUAACUAAAAUAUUUACUUCAUUAAUAUAUGUGAUAUGUAACAUGUAUAAAUCAUUAU